AGCAUGGACUGCGAGGAGAGGCCGCGGAGGAAAAGAUGCAUGAGUGGUAAAAACGCGGCUAUCAUCCUGGCCGCGGUGGUGGUCGCCGUGGGUCUGGCAGUGGGGCUGGGAGUAGGUCUCAGCAGCAGAACUGAAGUCUGCGAGGCGGGGGGCGGCGCCACCACUGCCAGCCCGGGCUCCCCGGCGCCCUCCACGCCGGCUCCGGGCCCCUGCCCUCCCAACGGGAUCUCGCAGGGGCCGUGGAAUAACUUUCGCCUCCCCGACUACAUCAACCCGAUUCACUACGACCUGGAGCUGAAGCCUGACAUGGACGGCGAGCUCUACACGGGUAAGAACAUUAUCCACAUCCUCACCAGCAAACCCACCAAAUACCUGUGGCUGCACAUCAAGGCGACCAGAGUGACCGCGCAGCCCGUCCUUCAGCACGCGGUGACCCCGUCUGACCUCCGCCCGCUGCAGCUGCGCCGCUGCUUCGAGUACAAGUUUCAGGAAUACCUGGUGUUGGAAGCGGUCGAAGAACUGGCCGCCAACCAAAGUUACCGUCUCACCUUGGAGUUUGAGGGCAGCCUCCUUGGCUCGCUGAUCGGCUUUUACAAAACCACUUAUGUGGAAAAUGGAGUCGUGAAGAGUAUUGCAGCAACUGACCAUGAACCAACAGAUGCACGGAAAUCUUUCCCUUGUUUCGAUGAACCUAAUAAGAAGGCGACAUAUACCAUCUCUUUGAUAUAUAACGAGCCAUAUCAAGUGCUUUCAAACAUGCCAGUUGAGAAAGUGGUCCCUCUAGAUGGUGGCCUGAAGAAAGCAACAUUUCAAAAAUCUGUCCCAAUGAGUACAUAUUUGGUCUGUUUUGCUGUUCAUCAGUUUACAUUUGAAGAAAGGUAUUCAUCACGUGGAAUCCCUCUGAGAAUUUAUGUGCAGCCUGAGCAGAAGCAUACAGCAAAGUAUGCAGCAGAUACUAUGAAAAACGUAUUUGACUACUUUGAGAAAUAUUUUAACAUACAUUAUUCGCUUCCUAAAUUAGAUAUGAUUGCCAUCCCAGACUUUGGUACUGGUGCAAUGGAAAACUGGGGACUGGUAACGUUCAGGGAGACAAACUUGCUGUUUGAUCAAAAUGAAUCCUCUUCAUAUAAUCAACAACGGGUUGCUUCAGUUAUUGCCCAUGAACUUGUUCACCAGUGGUUUGGAAAUCUUGUGACCAUGGAUUGGUGGGACGACUUGUGGCUCAAUGAAGGGUUUGCCAGUUUCUUUGAGUACAUUGGAGUAAAUGCCACUGAAUUUGAUUGGUUAAUGUUGGAUCAGAUUCUUAUAGAUGAUGUCUUGUCUGUAAUGGCUGAUGAUGCUUUGUUAUCAUCCCAUCCAAUCAUUGUUAAUGUAUCAACACCAUCAGAAAUUACCUCCGUAUUUGAUGGCAUAUCAUAUAGUAAGGGUGCAUCAAUUCUACGUAUGUUGCGUGACUGGAUAACUCCAGAAGAAUUUCAGCAGGGCUGCCAGAAAUAUCUCAUGGAUCAUAGAUUUGCAAAUGCGAAGACUGAUGACUUCUGGCAAGCCCUCACUGAGGUCAGUGGUAAGCCUGUAAAGGAAGUGAUGGAUACAUGGACACAGCAGAUGGGCUUUCCUGUACUGAAUGUUGAAUCAAUGAAAAUUCUCACACAGAAACGCUUUUUGUUGGACUCAGACGUGAAUGCAACUCAACCUCCUUCACCUCUAAACUACCGAUGGAAUAUCCCCAUAAAGUGGCACACACUGAAUGGAAAGAAUGAAACAAUUUUCAACUCAAGUUCAACCAGUAUUACUUUAAACUAUCGCAUAGCUGAUGGAUUACUGAAAAUAAACACGGACCAUGUUGGGUUCUAUCGUGUGCAAUAUGAAGCAACAACCUGGGAUCAAAUCAUCGCUGAGCUGAUAGAGAAUCAUACACUGUUUUCAGUUGCUGAUCGUACGGGAUUAAUUGAUGACGCUUUUUCACUUGGAAGAGCGACUCUCUUAAACUACUCUGUAGCUUUAAACAUAACAAGAUAUCUGAAGAAUGAAACAGAAUAUUUGCCUUGGUCGAAAGCAAUUUCAUCCAGUUCAUACAUUCGGAACAUGCUAGAGGAUGAUAAGAUUCUUUACUUAAAGUUCCAGACAUAUUGGAAGAAGCAAAUUAAACCCAUUACAGACAAACUUGGAUGGAAAGAUGAAGGCCCCCAUUUGGACAGGUUAUUGAGGGAAGAUGCUCUGGGGCUUGCAUGCCGGAUGGGAGAUGCUGAAGCAUUAGUAAAAGCCUCUAAUUUAUUUGAAGAAUGGAUGAAAGGAAAAACUGUAAGCCCAAAUCUGCGUCAGAUUGUGUAUCGUUAUGGGAUGCAAAGUUCAGGGAAGACACCUGCAUGGGAAUUCAUGCUUAAGAAGUACCAGGAAACACCUCUUGCUCAGGAGAAGGACAAGCUUCUGUAUGGAUUGGCUUCAGUGGAGAAUGUUUGGCUUUUGGACAGAUUCUUAAAAUAUAUUAAAAACGAAAGUCUCAUUAAGAGUCAGGAUGUGUUCACUGUUCUCCGGUACAUUUCAUACAACAAGUAUGGAAAAACUAUGGCUUGGGAUUGGAUGCGACUCAACUGGGAAUAUUUAGUGGAACGAUACACUAUUAACGAUAGAAAUCUAGGACGACUAGUUUCAAGAAUAACAAGAUCGUUUAACACCGAGCUCAGCUUGUGGCAGAUGAAAGAUUUCUUUGCAAAAUAUCCAAAGGCUGGAGCAGGAGAGACUCCUCGCAAGCAAGCCCUUGAAACUGUGCAGACAAAUAUAGAAUGGUUAAAAAGAAACAAGGCUGAAAUAGAACAAUGGCUGCAGAGCAAUGCCUAA